AUGAGUUAUGAAUUGAAUCUCGGUCCUCUCAGUAACGAGGUUUUGUUUUUGCACAAUAAACACCGUGCAUUAGAGGUUUAUAAGCACUCGGAAAAUUUCCGGUCACCCAUAAACAUCAUGCGUUCUGAUCGUUCGUUCUGGAAGUUUGUGAAGCAAAAUCCUAUUGGACCACGUGUGGAAGGUUACAUACGUGUAGCAGGAUUUGGUGGGAUAUUGGAUAGUGGGUACCGUUAUAUAGACCACUCGUUAAUAACGUUGUUGGUUGAGCGUUGGAGGCCCGAAACCCACACAUUUCAUCUCCCGUUGGGAGAAACAACUGUCAUGUUACAACAAGUUAACGUCUUAUGGGAUCUACCAAUUAAGGGGUUGCCGGUGUGUGGGGCGGAUAACGCCAUUACAUUUUCUGAUGCAGUUGUCACGUGUGAAGAAGUUAUGGGGUUAAGACCAACGGAAAAUCUGGUCAGCGGUUGUACAACGUUUCAAGAUAAUUCGAACAACUCGAUUAAUCUGCAUUUUUUACUUUACCUACACGAUUUAAUUUCAUGUGCUAAUAUUAACUGGGGCAGUGCUGUUUUAAGCUGUUUUUGGAAGGGGAGCCUUAAUCAUGUUGACGCUCCCACACAUUACCUUAGAUCUUAUCGAUCUCAAAUUCAGUCUGUUCACGAGAGGAUGUUUUUUUGGACACUGCAUGAUGAUGUUAUCGGUAGACUCCCGGGUAUUUGCACUAGUGGAAGGGAUAGUUGGAAGAGCGCAUGCCCUCUAAUAUCUAGGAGAGUGUAG